CAGACGGACGGACGGACGGACGGAAGGAAGGAGACGUUGUUGUAGCCCAGAAGAACAGGACUGUUGAUCUAUAAGGUCAUUGGGAUAAGAAAUCGGGAUAUCGAUUACCGGUAUGUGAUCACGCUCGCGCCGCUCUCACCGCGCGUGACUCGGAGGACAUCAUGGCUCACGUCAAGAAUGGAGCGACGGGCGAGGAGGAGGACUGUUUUGAAGAUGCCUAUGAUCGGAUACCAGUGGCAUGUCAGAUGGACCUACAGACAGCCAUACAGGAGACCCAGUGUGCUCUCAAUCUGGUCCUCAACAACAGGUUUUCUGAAGCGCUGGACCUCCUCAAGCCAUGGUGGAGAGACAGUAUGUACCACGCACUUGGCUACAGCAGCAUCCUGGUGAUGCAGGCGACCAUGACCUUUGACCACCGAGACAUCCAGACAGCCAUGACAACAAUCAAGGAUGCCUUACACACCUGCCAGAGGUUCAGGAAGAAAAACUCCGUCGUCGGAUCUUUGACCAGUCUGGUCAGCAAGCAGUCCAGCGAGCGCCUACAAGAAGAGGAGAUGCAUGCAGAGAUCUGCUACGCCGAGUGUCUCCUGCAGAAAGCUACUCUCACCUUCAUCCAGGACGAGAACAUGAUCAGCUUCAUAAAGGGAGGCAUCAAGAUACGCACCAGCUACCAGAUCUACAAGGACUGUCAGAGCGUGCUGAGCGUUGCCCGGGACGUGGUGGGUGACUCUGAUUCGUUCAGACAGUUUGAGGGCGGAGUCAAGCUCGGCAUUGGAUCCUUUAACCUGAUGUUGUCCCUGCUGCCUCAGAGGAUCCUGCGCUUGUUGGAGUUCAUUGGGUUUUCAGGGAACCGGGACUUUGGGUUGUCUCAGCUCAGAGAAGGAGCCUCCAGUCAGAGUCUGAGGUCCAUCCUCUGUGCCCUGACGCUGCUGUUCUACCACACCUAUGUUUCUCUGAUACUGGGCACCGGUGAGGGAGAUCUGCUGGAGGCGGAGGCUCUUCUGGAUCCGUACCAACACAAAUACCCCAAGGGCUCCAUCAUCCUCUUCUACUCCGCACGUAUCGCUGCACUCCGAGGAAACUUCGAGCAGGCCAGGUCCAGGUAUGAGGAGUGUAUCUCCUCCCAGCAUGAGUGGAGACAGAUCCACCAUCUGUGUUACUGGGAGCUGAUGUGGUGUCACACCUACCAGCAGAACUGGCAGCAGGCCUACACAUACGCCCACCUGCUGUGUCGAGAGAGCCGCUGGUCCAAGGCUAUCUAUGUGUACCAGAAGGCAGCCAUUCUCAGCAUGAUGUCAGAGGAGGAGGUGCAGCAGACGGGGGAGAACAUCGUGGAGCUCUUCAGGCAGGUGGAGGGGUUGAAGCAGCGCUUGGCAGGGAAGUCCAUCCCUACAGAGAAGUUUGCUGUGAGGAAGUCCAGACGUUACAAGUCAGCGAAUCCUGUUAAACUGGUCAUCCCUGCACUGGAAAUGAUGUAUGUGUGGAACGGUUUCACCAUCGUAGGGAAGAGACUAGACUGUACAGAAGCUCUGCUGGUCACCAUAGAGAACGCUGAGGAGACACUACGCAAUGACCCCAUAAACUGAUUCUCCCCCGAUGACAGCUGUCUGGUCCAGAUGUUGAAGGGUAUUUGUCUCAAACAUCUGGGCAGGUUACUGCAAGCUGAGCUUUGCUUCACACAAGUACUGUCCAGUGAGCGGCGUAUUCGGUACGAUCACUACCUGGUUCCCUUCACUCUCUACGAGCUGGGUUUAUUGUACAAACAGCAGGGAGACGUCCUCAAGGCGACCAGUUACAUCGAAAAUGCCAAGACGAAUUACAAGGAUUACUCCAUGGAGUCCAGACUCCACUUCAGAAUCCAUGCGGCCCUCAACAGCCUGAAAGCGUCGCCAGUCAACACACCGUAACCCACCAAACCCAUCAAAACACCCCCAGUCCCGUUUUCUCUGGAUCUUUGGUAUGACUUGAAAUCCACCGAACCCACCAACACAUCCAUGAGGAAGAUAAAUCUACAUGUCCGUCUAUUUACCUUAAAUUACAACCACACGUCCAUCCGGACCGACAGCACAGAUCCAGAUCUGUUCUCCGUUCGUGUUAUACACCUCCGCCUCCAUAACACAAACUUCAAGACACUCCACAAACGGCUCACGUUUACCAUCGACUUAAAGUCCAUGUUGUGCCCGA